AUGCCUGAGUCUAUCUUCCCCAAGGUCAAUGGGAACUCGCUCCCAACAACGCAAUGGGCACAGGUGUCCACAGGAAAAACCAUUGAACUCAAAAAGACUCCCGUUCCCCAGCCAGGCCCAGACGAGGUGUUGGUGAAAAUCGAAUACUCUGGUGUAUGCCACACCGAUCUUCAUUCUUGGAAAGGUGACUGGCCUGUGACUCCUAAAGAUUUAUGCGUCGGUGGUCACGAGGGAGCAGGGUUAGUUGCUGCGCUUGGGUCAAGGGUCCAUAAUCUCAGGAUUGGAGAUGCGGUUGGAAUACAGUGGCUCAACAACACCUGCGGAACGUGCGAAUACUGCUCAGUUGGAAAUCAACCACUCUGUCCCAGCCUCCAACUAUCAGGGUGUACAGUUGACGGGACCUUUCAGCAGUAUUGUAUCUGCAAAGCUGACAAUGCGGUCCGCAUUCCGCCUAAUAUACCUCUUGAGACUGCUGCUCCGAUUCUCUGUGCUGGUAUCACUGUCUACAAAGCUAUUUUGGAGGCUAAUGUUCAACCGGGACAAACUAUCGCGAUUGUUGGUGGUGGCGGGGGACUGGGCUCUCUGGCCUGCCAGUAUGCCAAAGCAUGCAGAUAUAAGGUCCUGGCCUUGUCUUCUGGCUCAUCGAAGAGAAACAUGUGUUUGAAUGAUCUGGGGGCUGACGUCUAUGUUGACUAUAAAUCCUCAAAUGUCGUCGAUGAGGUGAAGAGCACAACCAACGGCGGGCCGCAUGCUGCUGUGAUUGUCUCCUCUGUGGAAGAACCUUUUCAUCAGGCACUUCAGUACAUUCGCCCCGGUGGAACAGUCGUCGCUGUUGGACUUCCACCAGGAAAAAUGUCUACUGAUAUCUUCGCUAUGGUGACUCAAAAGGUCAACAUAAAAGGGUCUUAUGUAGGAAAUCGACUCGAAACAGAGGAAGCGCUCAACAUCCUUGCUCGUGCGAGGUUCGAGGUUCAAUCGAGGGUGGUUGAUUUUUCUGAGCUCCCUCGUGUUUUCGACAUGAUGGAAAAGGGAAGUAUGCACGGGCGAGCUGUUCUCAAAGUUGGAGAUCAUUUGUCGAAAUACCCUGGACGCUUUAAAUCGCUAAAGGGCUCAGCAGGUCCUGACGACGUCUACCAGUCUCAGGAUAGCAGUCCUACCAGCUUUGUAUCCCCGACACUCCAGCGAGCGAUCAAAAAGGCUGGUCGAGACUUCCGCUCAGAUACCGUGACUGUUCCAACGGGGCCUGUGAUGCAGGCCAUUGUAAACGCAUCGACAUUCGGAGAUAAUAUCUACGACGAGGGAGGAGACAGCUCAGUGAAUGCACUGCAAGAAAAGAUCGUCCAGCUGACAGGCAAAGAAGCAGCGCUCUUCGUGCCAUCAGGGACAAUGGGUAAUCAGAUAUGUUUGCGAACACAUCUACAUCAGCCACCGCAUACAAUCCUGCUGGACUACCGGGCUCAUGUGCAGUGCUGGGAGACAGGGGCCAUCCCUGUCCUUUCGCAGGCUACUGUAACUGGAGUUGAGCCAAAGAACGGAGUUCAUCUCACCCUGGACGAUGUGAAAGAUCGGAUUGUGCAGGAGGAUAACUUUCACUUUCCACCUACGAGAAUUGUAUCUCUCGAAAACACCCUAUCUGGCUCCAUUCUGCCCCUGAAAGACGCGAGAGAAAUAUCCAACUACGUCCGGAGCGUCCCUGUCCCAGCAAACCGGACACCUAUUGCGAUGCACCUUGAUGGAGCCAGGUUGUUCGAUGGCAUCACUGCAGAGGGUAUCGAUAUCAAAGAUUAUCUCGCCUGCUUUGACACGGCAAGUCUGUGCCUUUCCAAGGGCAUAGGGGCGCCCAUGGGGAGCGUCAUCGUGGGACCCAAAGAAUUCAUCCAGCGAGCUAUCUGGUUUAGAAAAAUGUUCGGCGGUGCUACAAGACAGAUGGGAAUGAUGGCCGCCGCCGCCGAAGCAGCACUCGACCACAACCUCCCCCAACUGCCCAGGGUGCAUGCCCUAGCCCGCAGAGUGGCCGAGUUCUUCCGUGGCAUUGGAUACGAGCUCUUGCUUCCGGUCAGCACUAAUAUGAUUGUUUUGGAUUUGAAGAAGAUGAGCAUAGAUGGAGAAGUGGUUGCUGGGUACUGUCGACGACAUGGUCUCGCUGUGUUCCCUAAUGGAAGACUGGUGUUUCAUCAUCAGACUUCGGAGGAUGGAGUUUCGAGGCUUCAGGAGGCUUUGUUCGAGCUGAUUGAUAGGCAUUGAAGUAGGGUCUUCAGGAUGAUUAUCGCAAAAUCCCUUACGGUUGAGAAAGGGUUUUGGGGAUAUGGAUGUGCUGGUAGCAGUGUCCCAUGCGAG